GAACAACCACCGGUUGUAAAAUAUCGUGUGGAAAGGAGAAUUACAAAUUAUCGAAAUAUAGAAAAUACAAUUUUUGUUGAUACCUGUAAUUGUAAAGUAACUGAAUAACCCAAACAGUGUGAAAGAAAAGUUGCAACAAGAAGAUCCAGACAAGGUGUAAGCAUCCGUUACAUUCGUCGUUGCGAUUACAGACGAUGGCGAGCAAAGGGUUCACGUCCUAUUCCAUUCCGACUCGUACUGGUGUGGCUGCAGCCGUUGAAGGUCGUCGGUGUCAAAAGUGUCUCCUUCCCGGCCAUUGGACGUACGAAUGCAAAGGGAAGCGAAAAACGCUGUUGAACGAAUCUCGAACAAAGUUACUCAAACAGCGAGUUGUGGAGGAUUCUAAGGGUGAACUUACAAUUGUUGCUCCUCCGGUCGUGGAGGCUACUGCGCAGAAAUCUAGUGACCAGAGUUCUGAUUCGGAUUCAGACUCAUACAGGAAAAAGAAAAAACUCAAGAAAAAACUAAAAAAGAAGCAAAAGAAGGUCAAGGCCAAGAAGAGGAAGCUGAAGAAAGCUGCUAAAAAUGACAGUGGGUCAGGUUCUGACUCGUCCAGUGACUGAUAUCUGAAUAAAUAUUAAUUAACACUAGAUAUAAGUUAAGUGCAAAUUAAUUGAUGGAAACUAAUGACAAAUUAUCCUCAAUCUUCAUACUCCGUAUUUUAAAUGACUCUUUCUAUUCACCUCUGAUGCUUCUCGUUGUUUGUAAAGUUGAGUUAUUAAUAAAUUACUUAGACAUGUCCAUCAA